AUGCUGGAUAAAAAGAAUUUAAUAUCUGACAAUUCUCAAGUUCGUCAAAUAAUACAAAAAGAAGCUGAGCAAAGGAAACUAUCAAAAAAUCAGGUCAUCAUACACGACCGGAUAAUCGGCCACAGUUAUUGCCAACGAGUGAACAAGAUUGGAGAACGAAAAAGUAAAAUCAAUCCGAUCCAAAUUAAAACGUCUAAUGUAAUCGAUGAAGAUUCAGAGAAUGUUUUUUUUCCUACAGAUAAUAUCGAUAACGAUAGAUUAACCAAGUAUUCGUCUUCCACAAAUACAUCGUUUAAAAUGUCCUCCUCAGAUAAUUUGACAAAUGACAAUAAGAAGAAGAGUAUAGAAGAGGAAGAUUCUAAUUCUACUAGUCAGACGCGAGCAAAUUGCGCGAAAAGGACAAUACCAAACGAGGCUACGCGACAGGAUCUUACGGCGGAAAUAAACGAGUCUAAUGAAUAUCUAGAGAAAAACGUCAAACAAUUCAAAUCCAAAAAAAUUGUCUGCACUAGCCCGACGAUGGUCUGCAAAUUUUGUAACAAGAAAUUUCAUUCGCGCAAAAACCACUGGGCUCACAUACGCACACACUCUGGCGAGAAAUCGUACACGUGCCACAUUUGUGGGAAGCAAUUUGUUCAAGGUGGUAGUCUAUAUUAUCAUCUGAAACACGUACAUGACGGCGUAAAGAAUCACACGUGUGAUAUAUGCGGUCGCAGCUUUGCCAUGAAGACCGCCAUGGAGGACCAUCGACGUAUCCAUACCGGUGAACGCCCGUACGUGUGCCAUACGUGUGGCAAGACGUUCAAGACCAAAGCAUCCCUCUAUAUACACAGUAAGAUCCAUACAGACGAGUUCCCGCACAAGUGUACUUAUUGCGCUAAAAAGUUCCGUUGGAGACAGCAGAUGCUGGGUCAUCUGACAGUACACACAGGUGAAAAGAAUCAUACGUGCGAUGUAUGCGGUAAGGGUUUUGGCGUGAAGAACGAUCUAACUAGGCACAAACGCGUCCAUUCCGAGGAGAAACCGUAUACGUGUCAGAAAUGCGGUAUUAGCUUCGGUCAGAAACGUUAUCUCAAAAGUCACGAACGCUUAAAGUUAGGGAUGUGCGGGUACUCGCGAAGUGAACUUCGAGACUUGUGUGAAAAUCGUAACGAGUCCGAUUAG